UCUGGGCCCCACUCCCACCUUCUUAAACCCUUUCUCUCUCUCUCUCUCUCUCUCUCUCUCUCUAAAACUAGCUUUUCAGACACGGCUUUCUCACUGUUUUUCUCUCAUUCUACCUAGUAUUUUCCUAUUUUUCUUUCUUGUUUGUGUCUACAUUCACAAUAUGUUUUAUUCUUUGGAAGCUGUAAAGGUUGAAGAGAGAGAGAGAAAAUAAAAGAUUGGUUAGUUAUAAGAAUUGACAAACUCUAUUGCUUCUUCUGUUUCUUCUUUUAUUUAUUCCUUAUAAUAGAAGCACAUAGGGAUAUGUGAUUUAAGAAGGAUAGGAUAUAGUUGUGUUGGUUUUUUACUUUGUUUUCUUUGAUAUAUAGUCCUCCAUUUGCUUUGUACCUGGUUUUCUCUGUGAAGAUUUUGCCACUGGGUUAAAGAAAGUGGUUGAGUUUGUCUAGUUUUUGAAUUUGAUUUGGUAAUAAGUCAAAGUUUGAACUUUGAAGUUGGCUUUUGCCACAGGAGCUACAAGGUUAGUGCUUUUUUUAGAUACCCUUUUUAUUUGGAAACAUUUUUGUUUCUGUUCUUUUUUUGUUUCUUUUUAGAUAUUUUUGAUAGAUUGAAGUUGGGUAGUUUUCAACUUUGAUUCUUGAUUGCUUGUUUGGUUAUAUGUGGUUUAACAGUAGGGAAAAUGGAAAUUUUUUUUAUCAUAAAACUCAAAAGGAAAUAUAAACUAGUAGUCUAGUAUUAAAAAUGUGAAAACCCAAGUUCGUAGGGAAACUACAGGUUCCGCAUAAGUGGUUGUGUUAGAUCUUUGGAUCUAUUAGAUAGGUAUUUAACUUUUUUGACAAAACUAGCUUAGUAAAAUUCAGAUAAUAAAAUGUGGCAGUUGAGAUUCUGUGAUAUGGAUUAGGUUGGUUUUUCAUUGAGGAGUUCUACUUUGGGGAGGGAAUCAGAAUUCAGAAUUGGAGCAUACUUCAAGGGCUAUAGUCGAAUGUAUGCUAUUGCAGUUUUUGUGAUUCGGGGUUUGGGAUGUGAGUACUUUUAGAAAAUUGGAUUAAACAAGCAACCAUUUGGGAGCAAUGUUAAGAGCAUUAGCUCUUGGAUUGUUCAUUUCUUACAUGAUUUUCUCCGUUGCUGCUGAUGAUAAUUGUAACUGCGACGAAGAGGGCUUGUGGAGCAUACAAAGCAUUUUAGAGUGCCAAAGAGUGAGUGAUUUCUUGAUUGCAGUGGCAUAUUUCUCAAUCCCAAUUGAGCUUCUUUACUUUAUUAGCUGCUCAAACUUUCCAUUUAAAUGGGUACUCCUACAGUUUAUAGCAUUUAUAGUCCUCUGUGGAUUGACCCAUUUGCUCAAUGGAUGGACUUAUUAUGGCCAACAACCAUUCCAGUUGAUGCUUUCCCUUACCAUUGCCAAAUUUCUCACUGCCUUGGUUUCAUGUGCAACUGCAAUUACUCUUUUGACUCUGAUUCCUCUUCUUCUUAAAGUAAAAGUAAGGGAGCUUUUUUUGAGGCAAAAUGUGAUAGAAUUAGAUCAAGAGGUUGGAAUGAUGAAGAAACAGAAGGAAGCGAGUUUGCACGUACGAAUGCUAACCAGAGAAAUCAGAAAGUCACUUGAUAAGCAUAAUAUACUUUACACAACACUGGUUGAACUUUCCAAGACUUUGGAUUUGCAAAAUUGUGCAGUUUGGAUGCCAAAUGAGAAUAGAACAGAGAUGAAUCUGACCCAUGAGUUGAAGACAAGUUCUUCACGGAAUUACUGCAGUUCUAUCCCAAUCAAUGACCCGGAUGUGUUAGAGAUAAGAGGGAGCAAGGGAGUGAGGAUUCUAAGGCCUGAGUCAGCACUAGGUGCUGCAAGCAGUGGUGGUUCUUGUGAGUCAGGGGCCGUGGCAGCAAUUCGGAUGCCGAUGCUUCGAGUUUCAAAUUUCAAAGGGGGGACACCAGAAUUGGUGGAAACCAGUUAUGCAGUACUGGUGUUGGUUCUUCCAGCAGCAAACAAUAGAGUUUGGAGUUACCAUGAAAUGGAGAUAGUGGAUGUGGUUGCUGAUCAGGUGGCUGUGGCUCUCUCUCAUGCCGCAGUUCUUGAAGAAUCUCAGGUAAUGAGAGAGCAACUGGGUGAAAAAAACCGUGCAUUGCAACAAGCUAAGAAGAAUGCAUUGAUGGCAAGCCAGGCAAGAAACUCCUUUGAAAAGGUGAUGAGUCAUGGAAUGAGGAGGCCAAUGCAUACAGUCCUGGGCCUACUGUCAAUGUUUCAAGAGGAUAACAUGAGCUUCGAACAGAGGAUUAUGGUUGAUACGAUGGUGAAAACCAGCAAUGUUCUCUCAACUUUGAUAAAUGAUGUGAUGGAAAUUUCAGCAAAUGAUAAUGGAAGGUUCCCUUUAGAGAUGAGGCCUUUUGGGCUACAUUCCAUGAUCAAGGAAGCUUCUUGUCUUGCAAAGUGCUUGUGUGUAUAUAAAGGCUUGGGUUUUGAGAUUAAUGUUCAGAGUUCUUUGCCUAAUCAGGUGAUAGGUGACGAGAGAAGGGCUUUUCAAGUGAUUUUGCAUAUGGUUGGGUAUCUACUGAAUGUCUAUGAUGGGCAGGGCACUGUCAUCUUUCGGGUUUUUCGGGAUAUUGAUAUUGAGGACAAGGAUGAUAAAAUGUUGGGAAUGUGGAGACCAACCAUGCCAGGGGAGCAUAUUUAUAUAAAGUUUGAAAUUGAGAUUAGUGAGAAAGGUUCUCAAUCAGAUGGAUCAAUCUCAGCAUUAAAUUAUGCUGGUAGAAGGCACAACAGCAAUGAAGUUAAGGAGGGCCUGAGCUUCAGCAUGUGCAAAAAGCUCGUGCAGAUGAUGCAAGGUAAUAUAUGGAUAUCUACGAACUUGUUGGGUUUUGCACAAAGCAUGACACUUGUUCUUAGGUUCCAAACCCGACCAUCUUUUGGAAGAGCCAUAUUUGCUCAUGGAAGUUCUUCAGAGCCAAAUUCUAACUCGCAGUUUAAAGGCCUUAAGGUCAUACUAGCUGAUGAUGAUGAUUUAAACAGGACUGUGACAAAGAAACUGCUUGAGAAGCUAGGCUGUCAUGUUACUGCAGUUUCGUCUGGGUUUGAAUGCCUGAGUGCCCUUAGUGCUGCUGAAAAUUCUUUCCAAAUUGUUCUUUUGGAUCUUCAUAUGCCUGAGAUGGAUGGGUUCGAAGUAGCAUUAAGAAUCCGAAAAUUACGCAGCCAGAAUUGGCCAUUAAUUAUAGCCCUAACAGCAAGUGCUGAGGAACAUGUGUUAGAGAGAUGCCUACAGAUUGGAAUAAGUGGAGUUAUUCGAAAACCUGUCCUCUUGCAAGGAAUGGCAGAUGAGCUUCGAAGAGUCCUGUAACAUGCUGGUGAGGGGUUGUGAUGUAGUGUGAAAAUUUUCUAGCCCCUAGAUUUUUUCAAAUAUUUUUUGUGGUCUUUGAAAUACCACUUGGAGAAGUCAAAUUUAGUAGUACCCUUGAUAUCGUACAAAUUGUAGCUGUUAUUUCUUGCUAACCAUUUCCAUGAUUGAGUUAUAUCACUGGAACUUGGUAGAAUGAAUAGCCUUACUUGAUGUUAGAACAAGGAUAAUUUACAGGUCCAUCUGAUAGUGAAAGCAACUUUAAUCAUAACUCACAGAACU